GAGAUAGAGAGAGCUUUGAAAUCAAUCUAGAGAGAAAGAGAGAGCUUUGAAAUCAAUUUAGAUAGAGAAAGCUUUGGAAUCAAUCUAGAAGCUCUGUUGUCUCGUCAAAUCGAUCUACAUCAAGGAGAUAUUUCCUUUGAAGGUCCAGAAAUGGGUUUUGCCUCUUCCAGUUCAAAAAAUGUGCCUAUUGCCGAAGCAGUAUUGUUGGGUGCUUUAGCUCCUGGUGUUAAUAGACCUACGUGGUUGGUGCUUAACUUUACUUUUCUGGCUCUAGGCUUUUGCCUUGCUGCCAUGCUCUUUGCAGCAUUCUUCUCUCAAAAUUCUUUGUUGAUAUUACACAUCCUGGUGCUCAUUUUUCUGAGUGGAAUGCUUUUUGCACUCCUUAAUUGGUUUCUUGCACAAACGGGUCUGGUGUCCAUCGAACAACAAAUGGAGGAGAUGGGUUUAGCCAAGAACAAAGAACCUGAGCAGAGAAAAGAUGAAUAAAAGCCUUCCAUGCACCAUCCACCAUCAAAAAGGCUUUUCAUGCAUCACUAAAAUUGAGGAUCACACAUUCAAAGGUGGCCUUCAGGCCGUUACAUAAACACUAACAAGAA